AUGGCGACUAGUUAUUUAUCUGAAAACCAAGCUCCACGCGAUUUUAGAGUGUCUUCUAUAGAGAGUGAUGGUCACUACACAAAGUGCCCUCUUUGCUUCACUGUGAAACGAAACUUUUAUUGCGCAGAUUGUGUAAGAAAUGGAAAUUUUGUUCACUCAUCAUUGCCCUACUCAGACAGAUUUGCAGACAAACAAGCGAAGAUAAUGCGAUUAAAAGUUAACCGACAACAUAUUUUGGACAUUUGUGAUAAGCUGCUGACACCUAAAUUAAAGAAAGAUGUACUAGUUACAGAAACUAAAAGAUCAAAGGACAAGUUAGAGCUUUUACGUUUAGCUAUUGAUCAACGGAGAAAUAAUGUUAAGGUGCUCAAAGAAAAACUGAUUGAAUUAGAAAAUAGUAAUAAAGAAUUGAGGCUCAAGUUACCUAGGUAUCAAAAAAGAGUUGCAAGUUUAGGAGAGCAUGCACAGAAACAACAGUUUGAUGUACAGAGAAGGAUCAACACAUACAAUGAACAAGCCCAAGACUUGGCUGAGUUACGCAGGUCUAGGAUACGGCAACUUAAUCGAUACAUUUUUCCUGUAUACAUAAGUUAUGAUCCCAGUGAUAGUAUAGAAGAUAUGGAGUUUGUGGGUAAUGAUGCAGAGCAGGAGCCUCCGCCUAGACCUCAGCUCCAUAUUGUGGCUCCUUAUAUUGAUAUUGAAGGAGACGACUCACACAUUCAGAUCUCAGUGAAUCAAAACAAGGAGGCUUGUGUUGCAAGUGCUCCAUCGUUGGUUGCCGCGCACCGCGCUACGGCCGCACUAGGUUUGUGUGCCCAGCUAACGGCCUUGCUCGCCUGGACACUUGACGUCAGGCUGCCACAUGCAGUCUCGCUUAGUGAAUGUGUAGACGCAUACAGUGGGUCCCGUCGUGGCGUGUGUCGUCGCCUCCGCCUGUCAGGUGGCGCGGUGUGCGCACGCGCACAAAUCCGUGCCGAACGCGGCGCGCGCGGUCUGGCCGCGUUGCAUGCUGUAGCCUUAGCCGCCGCCGCCGACGAUCCUGCUAUUGGCAGGGUAGAGCCAUGGAGUAGGUCGGACAGUGUGCAAGCGCAGUGGGAGGAUUUGUGGGAAGAAGAAGGGAGGGAAGAGGGCGGUGGCAGCGGAGGUGAGGAAGGGGAAGACGCAGAGCCAGAACAUCUGCAUUGGCCGGAAAACGAGCAGGUGGAAGAAAUGAGCAGCACGCCUCCAGCGACCUCUCUGGUGACUUCAGCCAUUGCUUCCAUCUGGCGUGGCUGGAAGAAGUGA